AUGGCGGUCGUCAACAGCCAACCCAAGCGCCCCGUCGGCCGCCCCCGACGCGACGGGCAACCAGCCGGCUCCGUUCCCAAGGUCUCGAGCGGCCGGCCACGCGGUAGACCUCGCAAGGAUGGCCUCCCGGCUGGGUCGGUGAGGCAACCUCACACGGAGCCUCCUGUGGCUCAUCCUGGGGUGCCUUUCUCUGGCCCUCCCGUGGUUCCUUCUGUGGUCCCACGGGUCAAUUCUUUCCGGGCUCCUGCGACCCCGCCUAUGACCUCUCCUCAUGUGGCGCCUUUUGUAAUCCCUCCCGCGGUUCCUUCUGCUCUCUCCUUGGCUCCCCUACCGGCCCCUCUGGUCAGCGCCCCUCGGUUCGACUACAAUUCCGAGGAAUUCGCAAGGCGGAUCCAGCAGGCCCACCAGCACCUCCUUUCCCCUUCCAUCACUCGGACGGGUGAACCAGCCACCAGCCCGUUCCGGCCGGGUUCGGAAUUCUACGUCCAGCCGCGCGGUCCUCCGCCGCAGACAAUCAACCCGGCCCUUAUGGUGUGGUCCCACGACAAGCCCGGCGGCAUGUACAGCGUCUAG